AACGCCCCCGGGACUCCGCGGGCAGCGGCGGGGCGGUGCCAUGGCGGCCGGCGGGGCGGUGCCGCGCUGUGCCCGCCCCGACAUGGCCGCUUCCUGCAGAUGUCUAUGUUAAUACUAUGUCCGUAUACGUUUGUUGUGGCGUGUCUGCGGCACAAAAGCAAGCCGAAAGUGAGUAACAAAGAGCCCAGCUCAUCCCUGAUCGUGGCGCUCCCUCUGCCGACAGCCGCCGCUCAGCUCCGCCUGGCCGCCAGGUACUUCAGGUUUCAGAAGCUGCUUCUACAGAAAAACACCAGUAUGGAAGCUAAAACCAGUGAAGAUCAUUUGAAAGUUCAGAAAAUGAAGAAGAAGGUAUUGAGGAAGCAGGUCAGAGCUCAGCAUACAUUGAUGAGACAUGAGGGCAUAAAGUGUGUCUCCCAUGCCACACAGAGCCUGGUUAUUGCCAAUGCUGGUCUUGGUAAUGGGAUGAGUAGACAGCAAUUGCUCAGAAUACUAGAAGAAUAUGGAGCAAUGGAAACACUCUUAAUGCCACCAAAUAAACCAUAUUCAUUUGUGAAAUACAGGACAACAGAAGAAGCCAAAAAAGCCUUUAACACCCUUAAUGGAAAGGAAGUAACACUGGAAGACUGUGGCCAAGACAUUAUUCUAUACAUUAAUUUUGUGGAAAAAGUUUCCUUGCAAAAUGCUGUUCCUACAAGCUUGCCUCCAGGCUUAAUGGUAAUUGAAAAGAUUAUUUCUCCAGAGGAAGAAAAGAGAUUGUUGGAAAGUAUUGACUGGAAAGGAGAUGAAGAUACUCAGAAUGCCCAGAAGACCUUAAAGCAUAGAAGAGUAAAGCAUUUUGGAUAUGAGUUUCGCUAUGAUAACAAUAAUGUUGAUAAAGACAAGCCAUUACCUGGAGGUCUUCCUGAAAUUUGCAACCCAUUCUUGGAGAAGUGCUUAAAGCAGGGAUAUAUCAAACAUAAACCUGAUCAACUGACUGUAAAUCAGUAUGAACCUGGACAAGGAAUUCCCCCUCAUACUGAUACACAUUCUGCUUUUGAAGAUGAAAUAAUCUCUCUCAGUUUGGGAGCCGAGAUUGUGAUGGAUUUCAAACACCCUGAUGGCCACACAGUGGCAAUUAUGUUGCCCCGAUGCAGCUUAUUGGUGAUGACUGGAGAAUCCAGAUACCUGUGGACACAUGGGAUCACACCCAGAAAAUACGAUGUUGUUCAAGCAUCAGAACUUGGGCAAAAAGUUAGAACAAUCACUGCUGACGUUGGAGAUUUAACAUUAAAUCGAAGGGAAACAAGGACAUCAUUUACAUUCAGGAAAGUGAGGAGAAGCCCUUGCAAUUGCAUCUACCCAUCUGUCUGUGACAGCCAGAAAGGACAGCAGAGACUGGUGCAACCUUCAUUUCCCCAGAAUGAGAUGGAGGCCUCAAAACUGGAGCAAGAAUAUGUACACAAGGUGUAUGAAGAGAUUGCCACACACUUCAGCAGUACUAGGCAUAGCCCUUGGCCCCAAAUUGUAGAGUUUCUCAGGUCCCUGCCGACAGGGUCAAUAGUGGCUGAUAUUGGUUGUGGUAACGGGAAGUAUCUCGGCAUUAAUGAGGAUUUGUACAUGGUUGGCUGUGAUCGCAGCAAAAACCUGGUGGAUAUUUGUGGAGAAAAACAUUUCCAGGCGUUUGUCUGUGAUGCCCUGUCAGUGCCAAUCCGCAGUGGUUCUUGUGACGCCUGCAUCUCUAUUGCUGUAAUCCACCACUUCUCAACAGCAGAGCGGAGACUGGCUACUAUCCGGGAACUAGCUCGGCUUCUAAGACCUGGUGGAACAGCACUCAUUUAUGUCUGGGCAAUGGAACAAGAAUACAAGAGCCAGAAGUCUAAAUACCUUAAAGAAAAGAGUGGUAGUAAAAACAAAGACAAGGAAAUGAAUACUGGCACAGUUCAGAGACCACUUAAUGACCAAGGGCCUGAUAACAGCAGCCAAGAUUCAGCAUGGUCUCACCAACUCCUUAAUGACUUCAAGGAUGAAAGCUGUGGUGCCAAGCCAGUAGCAGAUUUCAGAUUGCCUGUUCACACUAACAGAACCUCUUUUCACUCUCAAGAUUUGCUGGUUCCCUGGCACCUAAAAGGUGGUACGAAAAAGAAAGAGGAAAGUGCUGAUACAGUGGUGGUUCCAAGUGGCUCCAAAGAAUUGCAAGGACUCAGCCCUGUUUUCCACCGCUAUUACCAUGUGUUCUGUGAAGGGGAACUGGAAGCAGUGUGCAGAUCCCUGGAUUGUGUGAGGGUUCAAAAGAGUUACUAUGAUCAAGGAAACUGGUGCGUGAUUCUAGAAAAGUUGUAGCCUGUGAUGCUUCCUCUACUAUCUGUAGAGUUUUCUUUGUUUUUUACAGUGAAAGGUAUUUUGUGAAAGGCAUUUUUAAUGCAGGCUGCAGCUAAUGCCUCUUUUAAAAUAGCAGAAUAAAGAUUGUGCAUUGAGUUAA